UAUUUUCCAUCUAAUAAUUUAUCGCACGCGUGGUAUUUUCCAUCCAAAACUUCAUGUCGCUUUGGCGCACCUUCACCCAUCUCUCGGUUCCUAGCCGUGAUAGGGUUUCUCGCCGGCGGAGAUAUUACGAGCAGUUCCUCGAUCGAAAUUCCUCCUAGCGUUUCCAUUAUCUAGUGUUGUUCUCGGUUCGAAUUGGACUUAUAGCGGGAGCGUUCUGGUUAUUCUGCCCCUUGACAAUGGAGAGCAAGCAAGAUCCGGUUGCGGCUGGAAAAGGUUCCUUUGACCUGUUCAAUCUCUCGUCUAGAUGGGCUUCGGCGUGGGCAGAGUCCUCUUCGGCAGCGAAGACGGACGAGGAGGAGCCGUCGUACCUCAAUACCUUUAACAGUUCCGGCAUGUUCCAAAUGGUGUCCAUGGACAAGAUGUCGGUGCAGUAUGUUGGAAGUCCUCAACACUUCUAUGAUGUCGGAGCCGUGCAGGCCAACUGCCCGGCACCAACCAGGAGGAUCGCUUACUACUUCGAAAUGACUGUCAAGAACGCCGGGCAAAAGGGCCAAAUAGCCAUCGGCUUCACCACUAAAGAGUUCAACCUCCGAAGGAAACCUGGAUGGGAAGCUAAUAGUUGUGGGUAUCAUGGGGAUGAUGGAUAUCUUUACCAUGGGCAAGAAAAAGGAGAACCAUUUGGCCCAAAAUAUACAUCUGAUGAUACUGUAGGUGCUGGAAUUAAUUACUCUACACAGGAAUUUUUCUUCACGAAAAAUGGAGAACUUGUUGGAACCGUCUGUAAGGAUAUCAAAGGUCUUUUGUACCCAACAAUUGCUGUUCACGGAACAAAUGAAGAGGUGACCGUAAAUUUUGGGAAGCAACCAUAUCGUUUUGACAUUGAGGUAUUUAUACUGAAGGAGAAACUAAAACAAGAAGAGUUAAUUGACAAAUUAACAUUAUCACCUAAUGUUAGUCAUUGGAUUGUUCGUUCUUAUUUGCUGCACUAUGGUUACCAAGAUACUGUAAAUUCAUUUGACGUUGAGAGUGGAAUCAUGUCUCCACACAUUCCUACACCACAGGAGAAUGGUUUCCAUGAACAGGGAGAUGCUUAUGAAUUAAGCAACAGAAAGAUAUUGCGGCAGUUCAUUAUGAAUGGGGAUAUUGAUUCCGUAUUUCGUAGCCUUCAUGAGUGGCAUCCUCAGAUUAUGCAGAUUGAUACAUCAGUGAUUUGUUUCUUACUUCAUUCCCAAAGGUUCAUUGAAUACAUUCGGGCAGGGCAGCUUAUGGAGGCUGUAAAGUAUGCUCGUGCAGAGUUGAGCAAGUUUUUUACAAUCAAGCCCUUAGAUGACCUGCUUGAGGAUGUGAUUGCACUGCUGGCCUAUGAAGAUCCUUCAAAAUCUUGCGUUGGGCAUCUCCUUCAUUCAGGGCAGCGAGAGUUCGUCGCGGAUGCUGUAAAUGCUAUGGUUUUAGCCACAAGCCCUGGCUCAAAAAGAACCGAAGACUGGGCAUUCUCUCGCCUUGAGAAGUUACUGAAGCAACUCACUCAGUGCUCCUUGGAAAGACGGGCACUUUAUGGUGAACAAGGAGAGGUUUUUGAUGUGCACAAAGUAGUGCACACCAGGAGAUCAAUUGUAUAGAUAGAUUAUGUGUAGAUUUAUAUACCAUGAAUAAUAUUUACACAUGGAAUGAGUUUCCAUUGUCUGUACUCUUGCGAAGUUUUUGAUGAUAUUUGGGAGGUAAUUUUCUUUGAAAU